AUGGCGGAACGAAACUUGCCUAUCACUUUACGGGAGCGAAUGAAUGAUGACGAGGAAAUUUUCAUCUUCCAUGAGUGGUUUCGGGACUACUCGAGUAAAAUGGGAACCACUUCAGUCGCGCUCCGACUCUAUGAUAAGAGCACUUCUCGUUUUGUACCAACCCUCGAAAACCCCGCCUUAAGGGCCGCAAUCCAGAGGUACCUCGAGGCCGAUCCUGUAGGAGACUUUUGGGACACUUUUAACCCCGAUUCCUGUUCAUGGGAUCAAGUUUUUGCCGAGCUCGAAGAUACAAAAAAGGUUUAUUGGAGCAAAGGAGACGGAAACCCUAUCAGGCGCUGUUUUCGUCAUGGUCAAGGGUUCUCAAGAAAUAUGAUACCUCUCUUGGAAAGCAUCCCCCAGGACGAUGGCCUGGGACUGCUUAAGGGAGGGUUGCAGAUCAUAUUCAACGCCGUCAAGAGAAGGACAGACACCUGCGAAAGAAUUUUUGCAAGCUUCGAACAUAUACCCAGCUGCAUCGUUAACGCCGAGAAACUGCGUCAAAGCCAUCCCCAAGACCAACCUUUGUUCUCAGCGAUUAAUAAUCUCCAUGAUCAACUAGUCAAGUCCAUCCCUCUGCUCAUCGAAGUUCUGCUCCGCAGAAGCAACAGUUCCACAAUCAAGAAGUUUGGCAAGUCUGUCUUCGGGGACUCUGUGGCUGAAGUGGACGGGAUCUUGAAGCCAGUAAAGAGCGCCGAGAACAGGCUGGAGCAAUGCCGCUUGGAUCUGAACACAAGGGGUAUUGCCGAGAACUCUCAAUACCUACGGACGAUAGAUGUCAAGCUUGAUUCCCUCAACGAAAAGGUUGUCGCUAGGGACGAAAGAUUUGAGACCUGGAAAACUGAGAAUGAAGAGAGGCAUCGAGCCCUCAUCGACGAGAACCGCCAAUUAGUAGAAAUGUUGAUGAAUUCGAUGUACCAAACAAAUCAGGAUAAACUACGAGUCGAAUGGUUGUCCCAAGGUUCGUCUACUCUUCCUAUCACAUACGUUGCCGUGUCUAACUGUGAAUGA